AUGGGGUCCACUAAAUUGCAAACUCCACACCAUAAGUCAUGUAGACUUUCUCAAAAUUGGUUUUGUGUUGAAUUACAUAUUAAGUAUUUCUCAAUAAGUCCUUUGAUAAUUGUAGCAAGCCAUUCAAGGUCUGUGAGGAUGUUGGAGAAGAUGGACACAAAAUUUGAUCCUGAGGAAGUCAUAGAAGAAUUCGAGAUGCUAACAAAGGAUGCUGAGAGAGUUCAGAAAGAGACCCUGCAAAAAAUACUGGAAGAAAAUGGCAGCACAGAGUACUUAAAGAAAUGGGGUCUUAAUGGAAGAACUGACCAUGAGAGUUUCAAGGCUUUUGUCCCCCUCGUCACUCACAAGGAUUUGGAACCUUACAUUCAGAGAAUGGUGGAUGGUGAUACUUCCCCCAUCCUUACGGGAAAACCAAUAACAACCAUCUCAUUAAGUUCUGGCACCACUCAGGGAAAGCCCAAGUUUGUCCCGUUCAAUAACGAAUUGAUGGAAUCCACUAUGCAGAUAUAUAAGACAUCUUUUGCAUUUAGAAACAGGGAAUUUCCUAUUGGGAAUGGAAAGGCCUUGCAGUUCAUUUACAGCAGCAAGCAAUUCAAAAUGAAAGGGGGUCUGGCUGCAGGAACUGCUACUACGAACAUGUUUAGUGGUUCGCUGUUCAAGAAUACAAUGAAGGCUAUGCGGACCCAAUGUUGUAGCCCUAAUGAAGUGAUAUUUGGUCCCGACUUCCAACAAUCCUUAUACUGCCAUCUUCUAAGCGGACUCAUUUACUGGAAUGAAGUCCAAGUAGUGUCCUCUACAUUUGCCUACAGCAUUGUUUAUGCUUUCCGAACCUUUGAACAAGUUUGGGAAGAACUCUGUACUGACAUCCGAGAAGGGGUUCUCACCAGCCAAAUCACUGUCCCAUCCAUACGAACAGUUAAGUUAAAAUUGCUCAAGCCAAACCCAGAAUUGGCUGAUAAGAUCCAUAAAAAAUGCUCGAGAUUAAGUAAUUGGUAUGGAUUAAUACCGGAGCUAUUUCCCAAUGCAAAGUACAUUUAUGGGAUCAUGACCGGGUCAAUGGAACCUUAUGUGAAACAAUUGAGGCAUUAUGUGGGUGAGCUGCCACUGCUGAGUGUUGAUUAUGGGUCUUCUUGGGGAUGGAUUGGAGCAAAUAUGAACCUGAAAUUGCCCCCUGAGUUGGCCACUUUCGCUGUGUUGCCUAAUAUUGGGUAUUUUGAAUUUAUUCCUAAUGUUGAGGUUCCAAAGCAAGAUGAAAUCGAAUCCUCCUUUCUCUCUAUAGAGCCUAAGACAGUGGGUCUGACUGAAGUCAAAGUUGGUGAAGAGUAUGAGAUCAUCCUCAUUACUUUUGCAGCUCCUUCGACCAUUUCCAUGGUCAACAAUGACGAAACUCCACUAUCUGUCGUCGAUGGUGUCACACCAGAGUCUGUCUGA